AUGCUUUCUCUCGUGAAUAAAUUAACUCACUUCUGCUGCAACAACAACAACCGCUUUCUUUGCGUGGGUGAGUGCGCUAAUCUCAAAAUUCUCGACAAUAAACAAUUUCUUUCGGAUAUUAUUAUUAUACAUCCUGUAAUAACACGUGUGCGCGCGGGUUUUUUUUUCUCUCUCUCUCUCUCUCUCUCUCUCUCUCUUUUCUUCUCUCUCUCUCUCUCUCUCUCUCUCUCUCUCUCUCUCUCUCUCUCUCUCUCUCUCUCUCCCCCCCCCGGGUCUUGUAUUUUUAAUGUCUUGCUUUUUGCCUUUAAUUAUCUCCCCUUGUUAUCUAUUUCUUUCCAUUCUCUUCACUCUCUCCUUUUUCUUUCCUCUCGCUUUCUUCGCAUCACACUAUUUUCUUUUCUCGCAAUCAGUCAAUUUCCUUUCAGCUUUAACUAUCUUUCUCCUCGCUAUUUCUCUCAGCUCAUACGCCACCGAACACAUGUUAAUCAACUUCCUUCCUUAUCAUUCAGCUUCUUAUUUGUUUAUUUUGUAUAUUUCCCGGCAUUUUCUUUUUUAUUCCCCAACUACGUAAUCCUCAUCUUUCUUUCACUCUCCUCCUCUCACUGUAUCCUACUACUAACACUCUCCUUCUUUUUUCUCCCCUCCCUCUUUUUCUCUCUCGCUCUUCUUCUUUCGCAUUCUUUUCCUUCUUCUUCUUUUCCUUCUUCUUCUUCUUUUCCUUCUUCUUCUUCUUUUCCUUCUUCUUCUUUUCCUUCUUCUUCUUUUCCUUCUUCUUUUCUUUUCCUUCUUCUUUUCUUUUCCUUCUUCUUUUCUUUUCCUUCUUCUUUUCUUUUCCUUCUUCUUUUCCUUUUCUCUUCUUUUCCUUUUCUCUUCUUUUCCUUUUCUCUUCUUUUCCUUUUCUCUUCUUUUCCUUUUCUCUUCUUUUCCUUUUCUCUUCUUUUCCUUUUCUCUUCUUUCUCUUCUUUUUCUUUUCUCUUCUUUUUCUUCUUUUUCUUUUCUCUUCUUUUUCUUCUUUUCCUUUUCUCUUUUUCUUCUUUUCCUUUCUCUUCUUUUCUUCUUUUCCUUUUCUCUUUUUUUUUUCUUUUCCUUUUUCUCUUUUUUUUCUUCUUUUCCUUUUCUCUUCUUUUCUUCUUUCCUUUUUCUUCUUUUCUUCUUUUCUUUUCUCUUUUUUCUUUUCCUUUUCUCUUCUUUUCUUCUUUUCCUUUUCUCUUCUUUUCUUCUUUUCCUUUUCUCUUCUUUUUUCUUUUCCUUUUCUUCUUUUCUUCUUUCCUUUUUCUUCUUUUUCUUUUUUCUUUUCUCUUUUCUUCUUUUCCUUUUCUCUUCUUUUCUUCUUUUCCUUUUCUCUUCUUUUUCUUCUUUUCCUUUUCUCUUCUUUUUCUUCUUUUCCUUUUCUCUUCUUUUUCUUCUUUUCCUUUUCUCUUCUUUUUCUUCUUUUCCUUUUCUCUUCUUUUUCUUCUUUUCCUUUUCUCUUCUUUUUCUUCUUUUCCUUUUCUCUUCUUUUUCUUUCCUUUUCUCUUUUUCUUUUUCUUUUUCUUUUCUUUUCUUUUUUCUUCUUUUCCUUUUCUUUUCUUUUUCUUCUUUUCCUUUUCUCUUCUUUUUCUUUCCUUUUCUCUUCUUUUUUUUCUUUUCCUUUUCUCUUCUUUUUUCUUUUCUUUUUCUUUUUUUUCUUCUUUUCUUUUUCUUUUCUUUUCUUUCUCUUUUUUUUCUUUUCUUUUUUUCUUUUUUCUUUUUCUUCUUUUCUUUCUUUUUUCUUCUUUUUCUUCUUUUCCUUUCCUCUUUUCUUGUUUUUCUUUUUCUUCUUCUUUUUCUUUCCCCCUCUUCUUUUCUUCUUUUCCUUCUUCUUCUUUUCUUUCCUCUCUUCUUUUCUUCUUUCUUUUUCUUUUCUUCUUUCCUUUUCUCUUUUCUUUUUCCUUUUUCUUCUUUUCUUCUUUCCUUCCCUCUCUUUUCUUUCUUUUCUUCUUCUUCUUCUUUUCUCUCCUCUCUUGUCUUUCCUUCUUCUUUUUCUUUUCUUCUUUUCUUUUCUCUUUCUUUUCUUUUUCUUUUCUUUUUCUUUUCUUUUCUUUUCUUUUUCUUUUUCUUUCCUCCCCUCUCUUUCCUUCUUCUUCUUCUUCUUUCCUCCCCUCUCUUGUCUUUCCUUCUUCUUCUUCUUCUUUUCCUCCCCUCUCUUGUUUCCUUCUUCUUCUUCUUCUUUCCUCCCCUCUUUCCUUCUUCUUCUUCUUCUUUUCCUCCCCUCUCUUUCUUCUUCUUCUUCUUUCCUCUCUUGUCUUUCCUUCUUCUUCUUCUUCUUUCCUCCCCUCUCUUGUCUUUCCUUCUUCUUCUUCUUCUUUCCUCCCCUCUCUUUCCUUCUUCUUCUUCUUCUUUCCUCCCCUCUCUUGUCUUUCCUUCUUCUUCUUCUUCUUUCCUCCCCUCUCUUGUCUUCCCUCAAUUUUUCUCUUUGCCCCUCUUUUUCUCUCCUCUCUUUUUUGUCUCUCUCUUCUAUUCACUCUUCCUCUCUUCUUUUCUUUCUCCCUCUCUCACCUAUCCUCCUUUCUAUUUUAA